UAUACCCAGCCAGCAAUAGCAAACGGGCCCCGUACGGUUUAUAUCCGGGUUUACGGGAUACGGGAUCUAAAUGGGCGCGAGUACUGGUUUCCUGAUGGGUCCCGUAUGGCUAAAAAAUCACGCUAAAACUCUCGUAGAAAUCAUAUCUGGGUUACGGAAUAUGGGAAUGUGAUGGGUUUCCCAUUUGGGGCCCAAUUGGUUCUGUUACAAGAAGAUAUUUUAUAAAACCGAAUCUUAAAUUUCGCCAUUUACAAUAACAAAAUUAAUUGAGUUUCAAAGAAGUUCAUAAAAUGGAACUUGUAUACAUUAUUUUUACAUUAUAAUUAAAGAGAAAUCGGUUUUUCGUUGGAUUUUGUUUCUACAUUAAAACUGGAUUAUGUUAGCGUUUAAGUUUAUAUAAAAGAAGUUUUUAUUUCUUUAAAAAACGAACUAAAUUUUACUAUGCAUAAAGUUAGUUAUUUUAAAGAAUUGAAUUAAAUAUCGUUCACCUUUACAAAAAUUUGUUUCACGAAUAAUUUUCAUGUCACAAUAUUAUAAUGUUGACAUCUUCAUUUUUACUGUUUUACUUCCUUGACAAAGAAGUAAACAAGGAACUUGUGGCAUAAAUUCUUGGCUACAUUACAAAAUUACAACCCGUAUAAAUAUAUUUUUUUUCAAUGCAAAUUAAAAGAUAACUUUUCGCACAGCUACUCGUCAAACAAAUAAAAUGAUGUAUGCAAUUGUUGCCUUUGAUGAGGAAAAUAACACUGACUAUCUACCUCUAAUUUGGCUUGUUAAUGCGAUGAGCGAAAAUGUUCUGUCUAUAAUAUCUUCAAGGAAAUCAACAGAUUUUUAUUGGCCACGCUGGACAAAUAUGAAAAAAAUUGACGCAGCAAAAUCAAUCUGUCAAGAACCAGAAGUUGGUUGGCUGCGAUUUUCUGGAAGAAUUUUGUCCACUGCUGACACAGAAUCUGAAGCAAAAGAAAAAUGUAAAUAUGCGGAAGAUACAUCAAAUGUUGAUGAACUAUAUCUAAAAAAUCGAAAAAGCCAGUCUUGUGAAGAAGAUUCUCAAGUAAAGUUAUUUGAAAAAAAAAAGGAAAUUGAAUCUAUUUUUUUUAAAGAAGAACUUAGUAAAUCAAUAAAGAAAAAGAAAACAGAGUCAACAAAAGGACAUAUGAAGUUCAAUAAAAGUUUUAAAGACCUUAAUAAAUCCCCAGAACAAGCUUUUAUCAAGCCAGAUGUUCCUUUAAGUAUAUAUUUCAGUUCUUAUUUUCUUGUUGCAGUAGUAAGGUAGUAUCUUAGGAAUAGCAACAUUUUUAACUGUUUUUUAUAGUUCCUCGAUGGUCUAACACUUCAGAUGAUGUUGAUUUCAAUAAAAAUUCAUCUUUAACAGAUUUUUCAUUCAAUUUGUCUGAAACUUAUCAAAGAAUGCCUAAUUCUUCAACAAUAGUACCUUUUGCUGCAGCAGAAAAUUCAGGAGUAUGCAAAACUAUUUUGAGAGGGUUAGAACAAAUUAAAGAAACACAAAAAUUUCACUCUAUGAUGAUUCAGAAUUUAUUGCAACGGUUUAACAUAGAAAGAGACAUAGCAUCAGUGGAGCUACCAGAAGGUUUAACAUUUCCUGUAACAACAAUGGAAGAACUGGAUAAGGCUCUUGAAAUAUUAGCUAAUGUUACUACUCAAAGGAUUUUGGUUCAUAUUCUUUUUGAAAAUGGUGGGCAAGAUAUUUCAGAAUUUGUUAAUCGAAAUAUGACUUAUCUUAUUGGAAAUGUAUUGGCCAGACAGCUAAAUUU